AACCGGCCUCGACCGUUGCUAGUGGCUCGUUUUUUCUUGCUCAGGCAAAAUAAAAGCUUUUCAAUUUUUUUUUUUUUUAACUUUAGAUUUUUUUUGGGGGGGGGACUGUUUGCGUGUGUGUUUGAACCGACGUGCUUCCUACUUAACGUGUGCGGCUUUUCCAAGUCUUCAAGGAAUGCCCAGAGAGCUGACCCAGAACAGGAUCCAAAAGAUCUGGGUUCCAACCAAGGAUGAUAAACCGGCACCCCGUCGAGCGUGCGGCGCCCCCCACGUCGCCAACCCCCCCACCGUCAUCGUGAUGGUCGGCCUGCCGGCUCGGGGCAAGACGUACAUGUCGAGGAAACUCACACGCUACCUCAACUGGAUCGGCAUGCCCACCAAAGUCUUCAACGUGGGCGAGUACCGCAGGGAGGCGGUCAAGAACUACAGCUCCUACGAUUUCUUCAAGUCCGAUAACGAGUGCGCUGUCAAGAUCAGGGAACAAUGUGCCUUAGCGGCCUUGAGGGACGUCAAGUCCUACUUGCAAGACGAAGGAGGCCAAGUUGCGGUCUUCGACGCGACGAACACGACGAGGGACAGGCGAAAGCUCAUCCUGCAGUUCGGCCGUGAGAACAGCUUCAGGAUUUUUUUCAUCGAGUCCGUCUGCGACGACCCCGGCGUCAUUGCGUCCAAUAUCAUGGAAGUAAAGGUGUCCUGCCCAGAUUACAAAGACUGCAACAAGACGGACGCCAUGUUGGAUUUCCAAAGGAGGAUCGAAUGUUACAAAGCCAGCUACCAGCCUCUGGAUCCCGAUCAGCACGAUAGGGAGCUAUCCUUCAUCAAGGUGAUCGACGUGGGUCGCCGCUUCCUGGUCAACCGCAUCCAGGAUCACACCCAGAGCAAGAUCGUGUACUACCUGAUGAAUAUCCACGUCCAGCCGCGCACCAUCUACCUGUGUCGGCACGGCGAGAGCACAGACAACCUGGAGGGGCGGCUGGGGGGCGACGCCGGCCUCUCGCCGAGGGGCAGGCAGUUUUCUACCGCCUUGGCCAAGUUUGUGGAGGAGCAGCAGCUGAAGGAUCUAAAAGUCUGGACCAGCCAGUUGUGCCGCAGCAUCCAGACGGCCGAGCACCUGGGGGUCCCGUACGAGCAGUGGAAGGCCCUCAAUGAAAUUGACGCGGGGGUGUGCGAGGAGAUGACGUAUGACGAGAUUAAAGAGAAAUUCCCUGAGGAGUUCAACUUGAGGGAUGAGGAUAAAUACUACUACCGCUACCCUGCUGGAGAGUCCUACCAGGAUCUGGUCCAGAGGGUGGAGCCGGUCAUCAUGGAGCUGGAACGGCAGGAGAACGUGCUGGUCAUCUGCCACCAGGCUGUCAUGCGCUGCCUCCUGGCCUACUUCCUGGAUAAAAGCGCAGAUGAGAUGCCCUACCUGAAGUGUCCCCUUCACGCUGUGCUGAAGCUCACCCCCGUGGCCUACGGCUGCAAAGUCGAGUCCAUUUCUUUGAAUGUGGAAGCAGUGAACACACACAGAGACAGACCGGAGGAGGUAAAGAGGGGUCCCGGCAUCUUGAUCCGGAGGAACAGCGUGACUCCUCUGACCAGCCCCGAGACCAACAUCAAGAAACCUCGCAUCGACGAUCUGGACGAGGCUCCCAUCCAGGAGCUCCCGCAUUCCGUGGCUUCGUUGGCGCUCUGCGGCCCGCCGCGUCUCCCGCUGACACUGGCCGGCCAGCACUGGCUGGGCAACGUUUGCCUAACCUGAGGAGUCAGUCCUGACACCCCGCCGGUCACAAAGCAGCAACGGAAUGUGGCAUCCACGCGCCUUUUUCACUCAAUGACUCGACACAAUGAAAGUUCUUCGACAAAAAAAAGCCUUUUCAAAAUCGAAAGGAUGACGUCCUCUUUUUUUGUUUUGUUUUGGGAUUUUUACCCCUCUCACAUUGGUGUACCUUAAAUCCUGCAAAAACGAAGGGGGUGACUUUCAUUUUUGUCUUUUUUUUUUUCUAUCCAAAGAUGUCAUUUUAAAGCAACGCUCCUCUUUCACUUUCAUGCCUUCCUUCGAGAAAUUUCUACGGGAACUUCUGAAGUUUGUAAGCAAACUGUGACUGAUUUCACAGUCAAUUCAGUCUUGCUGUAGUUCACACCGGAGACUUUCAUUGGAUCGUAUUUAUUCGACACUGGAACUGUUCACACGCGGGUGUCAAGCGGCAGCCAAAUUGUGGACUGAUUUUGCAACAUUCGGGAUGCGUUUAGUUUCCAUGUCGAGAAUGUUCCGCUUCGAUUUCGCGCAGAGGGCGUUCUUGCCGUCGGGUGCCUGUUGCGCUUGCUUGGCGAACCUCUCUACGAUUUUUCACAUUUCAUCGAAUAUUGUCACACAUUCAAAUGAGUAACUUUUGAAUGUUUUUUUUUUUUUUUUAGCUCGGUCGCUACUGAACACGGCGAACGAAAACAGGGUCUCCCCACUGUCGGGGGAAAUAUUUCUUUGCUGUCAUUGUCCGCCGCGCACAAACGUUAUAAGCGCCUCUAUUUUUCUUAUCACAAAGCGUGCUGUUAAUAAUGUUUGUAAAUACGAGUGGAGGUAGAGUGAACCGGAGUUCGUGUACGGAAAGAAACCGCUUGUUAGCGCAAGCCGCUUGACGUGUUUAUUUUUUUGUUACCGUUUUAUGAUGUUCCUUAUUUAUUUUCUACGUAGGUUCUGACACAGGAAAUGACAGUCUGUCGUACUUGAUUUGGCAUCCGCUGGACCAAUAAAACGCCUAAAAUUAC